AUCAUGGUUGGAUUUUGACUUUCUCAAUACAUUGCUGAUAUAAACACAUACGGUUAAAACAGUUGCACAACUCACACGACGGGGGAUCUUUUUUGUUGUUGUAAAUCAGUAAUAGGCGGACGGAUAUCCAGAAGGAAGCCACAGCAUUUGUAAAGUGCUCCGUUCCGCGAGCGCCGCCCUUCUUAAAGUCCAGCGGCGACCGCGCGCCACGGCCUUCGGCGAGCGUAGCCACAAGCGAGCGUAGCCACAAGCGAGCGUAGCACCGCGGAAACAGCGGGCGCCCCGUGGGGCACCGCGCGUCCUUCAGCACCGCGGACAGCGACCGCCGCGUGGCGCGGUCGCGCAUUGCAGCGCAGCCCAGGGGCUGCGGCUGCAGCGCCUCUCACUCUCACUGUAUUACAGUAGAGAGUGAGGGAUGCGGGCGGCCCGCUAGGGUACACAUUCGCCCAGCUCCGGUUACGCAUCGCCAGGACAGCAACGGCAAGAUACCGGGAGGCGGUUAACAACUCGGAAAUAAUAGCGAUCCCGAAAAUCUCGUGAAGGCUUCGCCUGUUCAUCUGUGCGGUCCGUGCACCGAGAGUGGCAACGGGCAGACGCGCUCAUUCAUGUUCUACCUGCGGCGCUCGCCUGCCUUUGGCUGCGCUCCCUAGGGUCUCUCCGCGCCGGUCCGCAUCUCUGGCCGUGUGCGCGCUGCGUUCGCGCGCGACUCUCGUGUUGAUGCAGUGCCGCAUUUCGUCCGUCCAUCGUUAACCUGCUAGCGUCGACCGAGUGUAGUCACUGCGCCUCUGUUGCGGCCUCUGCGUGCUUUUGGGUGCUCGUGCGCCGGAAAGAUGGCCUCCGAAGGGCUGCAGGAGAAUGAGACCAUUGACGGGCUGCAGGGAGAGGCGGAGAACCUCAAGAUGAAACUGGAGGAGGAGAGGGCCAAGUUGCACGACGUGGAACUUCACCAGGUGGCCGAACGAGUGGAGGCGCUGGGCCAGUUUGUCAUGAAGACGCGUCGCACCCUCAAAGGGCACGGCAACAAAGUUCUGUGCAUGGACUGGUGCAAGGACAAGCGGAGGCUUGUCAGCUCCUCCCAGGAUGGGAAGGUGAUCGUGUGGGAUGCGUUUACCACCAACAAGGAGCAUGCUGUCACCAUGCCAUGCACGUGGGUCAUGGCGUGCGCGUAUGCUCCGUCCGGGUGCGCCAUUGCCUGCGGGGGCCUUGACAACAAGUGCUCUGUUUACCCACUGAGCAUGGACAAGAAUGAAAACCUCGCAGCUAAGAAGAAGUCCGUGGCCAUGCACACAAACUACCUAUCUGCCUGCUGCUUCACUAACUCCGACAUGCAGAUUCUGACGUCGAGUGGAGAUGGCACUUGCGCACUGUGGGAUGUGGAGAGUGGCCAGCUCCUGCAGAGCUUCCAUGGGCAUGGAGCUGAUGUCCUGUGCCUCGACCUGGCUCCAUCUGAGACUGGAAAUACAUUCGUGUCUGGGGGCUGUGACAAGAAGGCAAUGGUGUGGGACAUGCGCACAGGCCAGUGCGUGCAGUGCUUUGAAACGCACGAGUCUGACAUCAACAGCGUAAGGUAUUACCCAAGUGGAGAUGCGUUUGCCACGGGCUCGGACGACGCCACGUGCCGGCUCUAUGACCUGCGUGCGGACCGGGAGGUGGCCGUCUUCUCCAAGGAGAGCAUUAUCUUCGGAGCCUCUAGUGUCGACUUCUCACUGAGCGGUCGCCUGCUGUUUUCCGGCUAUAACGACUACACAAUCAACGUGUGGGAUGUACUCAAGGGAUCGCGCGUCUCCAUCCUGUUCGGCCACGAGAAUCGCGUGAGCACCCUGCGCGUCUCCCCCGACGGAACCGCCUUCUGCACCGGCUCCUGGGACCACACGCUCAGGGUUUGGGCCUGACGUUUGUUCAAGAUGAGAAUGGACAAGGUGGACCAUCUUUUGUUUUUUCUUUCUCCAAAGUGUUUUCCCAGAGAUUCAUGUUUUGCAUGUCUAGCUGUCAGUUUUCCUUACCGGCACAACUGCUUUCUGUGGCUGUCGUAAUGAUUGUAACGGUGCAGUUAUUAUUUUAUUUUGGAACAUCCGAUUUUUAGGGUGGCACCAAACCAAUUUUAAUGACUACAUCCCUCCCUUAUUUUAAGAUUUCACCUUUCACGUUCAUCUCAAAUAACCCUGAAUGUGCACCAACUCAAAAUGAAAUAAAUCCUUUCCAUGAGACUGUGACGUCUCCUGUUAAUGUUAUACCCAAACAAUGUUCACUCUUUGGAUAAAAUAAUCCAGCCUAGUUUACUUGCAUCUAUAAACCUGAGAUGAACCCCCAUCUCCAGGGCCGGAUUGACACGCGGGCUUUCAUGGCCUGCAGCCUGGGGCCUCGGAUAUAGAGGGGCUGCCCACACUAUAUAUAUACCAUGUAGGAUACAAUAUAUUGCAUAAAUAAGUAGCGUGUUACUGUGUGGAAUCGGAACAGCUGCAUUCAGCCGGAGCAGACUGCCUUAGCUGAAGAGGGGCUUCAAAACCAAAUCUAUUACAGCCACGGGGUUUUACCCUCGCACGGAUCCCGGCCUGGCCCAUCCAUACAUCUUCCCAGGAACAAGAUCUAUUCUAAGCAUAUUCCGACUAGGAAGAGGUAAAUGUCUUCCUAAAACUGAUGUUGUAACUCCGAAACUCUGAAAACUGCUCAAAUGUAGCGAUGUAUCUGGAGUGAAGUCUUCCUCCAAUGCGGCCAGCGUCUAUCGUGCAAUUAGAAACCUGCCUAGCUCUAGUAGUUGCAGUAACGCUAAGAGCUCACUGAACCAGUCUCUGUCUUUCUUUAAUGUCAUCACCGCUGCUUGAUUCUGCUAUCACUAAAAUGGCACAGCCAUAACAAGUUUCAUGAAUAUGUUCCGGAAAGUCUUAAAUGUAUUCAGUCAAAGUGUGAUGCAGGUGGAGGUCAGUCUCCGUGCAGUGGGGCAGUGGUAUUAAAUCUCAGGGCACCGUCACACCUUGAGGUCGGCACAGCAGUAAAGCAGCCAAAUGUGGCGAGGCAGUAGGAGAAGAAAUUUAAUUAUGUGGCUUUGUUGCUGAGAUGUUGACCAAAGCGGGGUGAGGGCGGGGGGUGAGAGAGGACUGCACAGAUAACGAUGCUAGGAGCAGGGAACAGUUCCCACAUGACUGACAACAACUAUGAUACCAUUCACAAUCGGGACACCUUGAUUGAGGGUCCCAGAAAAGAUCUUUCCGGAAAAUUUUGCAGAAGGAAAAUCAAGCAUAUUUCUAUUAAAUACCAGUGCUUUAGGCUGACAUAUCUGCUGUCAGGCAGUUAAUAGAGAAGAGCUGUGAGUGUGGAAAUUAUAUUUUUACUUCUUUUGUAGGGAUUAAACCGGCGUGUGAUUCCAUUUGCAGAGAUGAGCUACGGGAACGUAUAGAUUGGUACAACCACUCCAUGCACAAUAGGCUGACCGCUGCAAAAUGUGCACACCAGAACGAAUGCCGAGUUUGUUGUUUGAAGGAAAUGCAUGGAUUGAGGAAAGGAACAGCUGUUUACCAGGUGUCUAUUUUACCUCCAUCUUCCUCAGUGUUUUUACGGGGUGUGUAUUCACGAAGACAACGGAUAGGGCAGACACUGUAGACGGCCAGCAUUUAAAAAAAUGCACUUCAAAGAUUUGGAGCUCAAUUGAGGUUUUUUUUUUACCAUAAUUCCACAUUGUUUGCUUGAGUUACAGAUGUUUGUUUUUAUGGAAAUUUGUUUUGAUUUCAACAUUUGCUAUUAAUUCGAGGUAAUUCCCAUCAUUAGUAAACCACAUUACGCUCCACUUCAAUUUCCCUUGCGGAUUGUGUUGAAGUUGUCAUCGCGGAGAUAAAUAAUCGCAGAAACUUUUCACACCUUGUGUGCUGUGAUUCCAGCUCGAAACUGGUGAAAGUGGCCACUGUUUGGCAAACAGUUUGGGCAUGGUGGCUGACUCCGCUGUCUUCGUGUGUGGCUGUGGCGUGCACACAUCCUGCAAACACAUGCAGAAACCACCACAGCAUUACGCGAGCUGAAACCUCUCACAAUGGCGUCAGACGCAGAUGAAUUCUUGCAACCCAGUAAACCGGGAACGUUGGGAUGACAUUGGUCCAACGUUUCCUACCACAUGCCAACGUUGGCCCAACGCUGCAUGUUUUCUGGGAAGCACACACUGAUGACGAUGUUUGUGAUGAUGAUAUUGUCAUGUAUUUCUCAAGAAAAGCCUCUUUGAGUCUCAAAACUUUUAUUAGGAGAGACCUGCAUUGGAAUGCUUGUCCAAAUCCAUUAAAAAGUGUUUUGCCUGUAGGAGGAAUUCAGGUUUUCAGAGAAAACUCGCGCAUAUGAGGGGAUAACAGUGAUAUUUCCACAGAUGGGGUCACUGACCCAAGUGCUCUAUUGUAAUAUCCUGGCAACCUUGUGAGUUUUACAAAUCUGCACGACCCACCAAUGUGCUGGAUUAGGCAGUCAUGCACCACGAGGCUUGCUUGCUGCUGCUGUGCUGAUGUCCGUUGAUGUAAUGACGAUGAUGAUGCUGAGGAUAAAACACAAUAACAAAUGAAGGAUUUUCAGUUAUUCAGUGCUCAAAGACAAAUAGUGCCUCAAAGUGCUUGGCUAUACAUUGAUAAAAUAAAAAGCCCCGAGUGAAAAUUUUGAAAUAUAUGGGAAAGAUAUAAAAAAUAACAAUGAACGAUGACAAUUUAAGAUAAAACUAUUGAGAAUGAAUUAGUUCUGAAUGCAACCACAUCUUAAAAUGCUGUCGAGAAACAGUGGCUAUUU